UAAUAUAUCUCAAUUUUAAGUAAUUUAUUAAUAACGAAGUAAAUAAUGGAGAUGACUUCUUCUGUCAUUUACGUUUUCGUUUCUUCUACAGACGCACUUGUAUAUCCUCUGGCGCUCCUCGGCUCUCACAUCUAUUGUUUGGACUUUCAUCAUUAAGUCUGCUUCAAGUAUACAUUUUUUCGCUAAUACAACCCCACUCUACUUGCUUAGAGCGCUCACUAAUGAUUUUAUUAAAAAAUAUAUUCUUAAACCCCAAAGUAAACGAAGUAUUACAGAUCAAUGGGUGGAUUCGGUCAAUUCGAAAGAUGAAAAAUGUGACAUUUAUUAUGUUAAAUGAUGGAAGUUGCUACAAGUCUCUACAGGUUGUGUUGCCGAAAUGUCAAAAUGAUGGACUUACAUAUGGAAGUGCAAUAUCCGUCAAGGGGGCCCUGAAAUGCAGGGACAGGGUACAGAAUCAGGAUCUGGGACAUAAAAGAGGUCCACAGUUAGAACUUCAAGCUGAGCUUGUAAACCUUCUCGGUGAAAACAAUUGGAAGAAUUAUCCAAUCCAAAAAAAACCAAUGUCAGAAGACUACCUGCGAAGCAUUCCCCACCUUCGCCUUCGUACGUCAACAAUGGCACAAACGAUGCGGCUUCGGGCUUCAAUAUUACGGGAAUUACGACGUUUCUUGGACGAGCGUGAUUUCAUAGAAACCAAUCCACCGCUCAUUACCAGCUCGGACUGUGAGGGUGCUGGAGAAACAUUCCAAGUCAUAAAAAAAAACAUCAAAAGGAACGGCACGACAAAGCAAGAGGAUGAUUUACCAUCAACUAUCGAAUUCUUCAACCGUCCGGCGCACUUAACCGUUUCAACGCAACUGCAUUUAGAGGCACUGGCGUUGGCAUUAAAUCGCGUUUAUACGGUUACGCCUGCAUUCCGAGCGGAAGAGAGCAAAACGAGCCGUCAUUUGGCCGAAUUUUGGAUGUUAGAACUCGAACAAUCUUUUAUCGAUGAGUUGGAUCCUCUGCUACAUCUGGCUGAAACAUUAAUAAAGUCGGUAGCACGUCAAUUACUGCGAACGAAGCAUAUGUAUAUGGAAAGUAAAGAGGGUUACUUGACAGACCGUUGGCAAAGCUUGUUGAACCCAUGGCAUCGACUGUGUUAUGACGAUGCAAUUCAUAUGAUGCAGCGGUCAUCGCGAUGCUGGAAUUUUGAACCAAAAUGGGGUACCGAUUUACAAAGUGAACAUGAACAAUGGCUCACUCAUGAAGUCGGAAACAAACCACUUUUCGUAACAGACUAUCCGUCAGCACAAAAGCCCUUUUACAUGAAGGAUUCAACGCCUAAGAAAAGUGCAUGCUUUGAUCUACUAUUCCCAGAAGUUGGAGAAGUGAUAGGCGGGUCGCUUCGAAAAGACGCAAAACAGGAACUUGCUUCUGCGCCCAAGGCACUAGAAUGGUACAAGGAUCUCCGACAAUAUGGAAGUGCUCCUCAUGGAGGAUUUGGCUUAGGCAUUGAACGUCUCGUUAGUUACUUGGCGCGGGAACCGAACGUGCGAGAGUGUAUUCCAUUUCCGAGGACGGCGGGUAUGUUGUUAUGUUAAACGAAUGAUGAAUUAUGAAUGAAAUUUGUCAUGAGUAAUGAAUGGAGUGGGCAAAAAGGAAUGAGGAUAUUAGUUAGUGUUGAUACAUGGAAAACUUUGC